AUGGCUUCCAAUGAUGAACAGCAGCCAAUACAUAUUCUCUUCUUCCCGUUUAUUGCGCCUGGCCACCUCAUACCGGUCGCGGCCAUGGCCGCCCUCUUUGCUUCACGUGGCAUCAAGUGCACCAUACUCACCACUCCCGUAAACGCCACCGUUAUCCGCUCGGCCGUUGACCAGGCCAACAACGCCUUCCGCGGCACCGACGCCCUGGCGAUCCACAUCUCCACCAUCCCUUCCCUGAUGUCGGACUCCCGCCGGGCGUCGAGGAGCGUUGUAGGCAUCUCCUCAGAGGCCGACCUCCACAAGUUGCUGGAAGGGGUCCAGCGGCUCCGCGAGCCCUUGGAUCGGUUCCUGGCCGAGCACCACCCCGUCCCCGACGCCGUCGUGGUCGACAGCUUCUACCUCCUGUUCGCCCGGGCCUGUAACGAAUCCCUGCUCCGCAACAACCCGUUCGCGCUCGCUCCAGAUGACCCCGACGCCGUCGUGUCCCUGCCGGAGCUGCCGCACCGCGUCGCGCUGAGGCGCAGCCAAGUGAUGGACCCAAGAAAGGAUCAGCUGCAGUGGGACUACAACCAGCUCGUGCACGCCGCGGACCGGAGGAGCUACGGCGAGGUGUUCAACAGCUUCGCCGAGCUGGAGCCGGACUACGUCGAGCACUACCGCACGACGCUCGGCCGCCGUGUGUGGCUGGUCGGCCCGGUCGCCCACGCCAACGCCAGCGAGGACGACAUGGCGCCCGGGGCGGACAGGUGCCUGCGGUGGCUCGACGAGAAGCCACGCGGCUCAGUUGUGUACCUCGCAUUCGGCACACUAGCCAAUUUCUCGGCGGCGGAGCUGCGGGAGGUGGCGCGCGGCCUACAGCUGUCCGGCAAGAAUUUUCUGUGGGUCAUGAAGUGUGGAGGAGCGGACACGACGGCGGAUGCAUCGGAAUGGAUGCCCGAAGGCUUCGCCGAGCUGAUUGAUGUCGGAGCACGCGGCCUCCUCUUCCGGGGUUGGGCUCCCCAGAGGCUUAUCCUCGAGCACUCCGCUGUCGGUGGGUUUGUGACGCACUGUGGAUGGAACUCGGUGCUGGAGGCCGUCAGCGCUGGGGUGCCGCUGGUGACGUGGCCUCGGCACGCUGACCAGUUCUACAACGAGAAGCUCGUCGUCGAGGUGCUCAAGAUGGGGGUCGGUGUCGGUGCCAGCGACUAUGCCUCCCACCUUGAGGUCCGCCGCGAGGUGAUCAGCGGUGUGAAAAUCGCGGAAGCCAUUGACGGAGUGAUGGGUGGGAACCAAGAGGCCGAGGCGAUAAGGAAAAAGGCUAUGGAGCUCCGUGGGAAGGCUAGGAGCGCAACAGACAAGGGCGGCACUUCGUAUGACGAUGUCGGAAAGCUGAUCCACGAGCUGAUGGCUCGCCGGAGAUCUGUCCAUUCAUGA